AUGCGCCCCUCCACCCCCCUGCCCCUCGUCGAUGGCCGGCCUCCGGGUGGGGGCAGUGGCUAUUCGACUCCGGUCGCCUCUGCCGGCCCGUCCUCAACCAUCUUCUCCUCGCUGCUGGCUAGUCCUGACCCUCCCGAUGCGGUGAUCGAGAAACACAGGCUGUCGACCGCUCGUCGGCCAUUCAGCAUCCUCCGACCUUUCGCCGCCUACUUCUCUCCCUAUCCCAUGCCUCUUCCCUUCACCUCCCGUCGUCUCAUCUUGCCGGUUCCGAAUGUCUUCUAUCCCAACUAUCCCAAUCUGGCCCCUCAGAACUAUCGAUCAAACCAUCCGCGUCACUCCUCUUUCGGAUCCCGUCGCUCGCCCGAUAAACGCUCCUACCGGCUCACGCUCUUCUACGGUCUUAUCGCCCUAACGACGAUCCUGCUGGCCUUCAGUAAGAUCCGAUCGGCUAUCAGGAAAUCCACCCGUCGGAUCCCCUUACCAUUUCAAGACCCGUCGACUUUGAUCCUAAACGAGCAAACGAUACGGCGAGUUUGGGAGUGGGAAAUCAGUCAAGGCCAUUAUCCCUCUUCUCGUCGCACGCCGACCGUCGUUGGGUUGACUCAGGUCCCCAAUCCUGGCCUACCUCGCAAAUCAUCUGCCGGUCUGAAUUCGGCUUCAGAUCACUCUCCAUUCACCCGAUUUGAUGAUCAUGUUGCGGUACCGCCAACAAGGAUCGCACAGCAGAACCAACUCCGUGCACCUCCAUCUUUCCUGGACGAUAUCAUCCCGAUCGGCCCGACCAGGUCUUACCUGAAUAUCACUGCACCUCCGGUUUAUCAUCACGACCAAACAUCUCCCAAAUCACCCCCCCUACCCUAUCCGCCUCGCCCGAUCCCGAAUGCGAUAAUUGAUUUAGAUGUCGUCAUGGAUUAUUGUGACUUUUCGACCAACCAAUACGUCAGGGAUUGUCUAGAGAUUCUCAGAAUGGGCGGUGGCUUGGACGUCGAAAAACGGGUCAGGCGAGGCGAAACUGCACGGUGGCGUCAUGUUUAUCAUGAGCAAAAUGAUGAUGGCUCUGUGCGUGCGGUCUCUACCAAGCCACUUCCAGAUUACGAUCCUAGUUUACAUACGCCAAUGGAUGAAGAACGUGGAGAACAAAUGAUCAAAGACCCGUCAUAUCAACCUAUCGAUGUCCUGUCUCUCCUCAAAUCAGAUGUUUAUCCGCAAAAGCUCAAAGAAAUUCAGAAACAAGUUCACAAUACGGCAGAUUCAAGACGCAAAGCUUCAACCCGACAUCCCUCUCAUCCGACUGCUGAUCCGACUUGCGAUAUUGAUUACCCCAAGAUCUUUCACAUCUUUUGGGCUGGCCCAUUCACUGACAAGCCUUAUUUGGCACUAUCAUCGUUUCUAUUCACUCAAAAUCUUGGCCUCCAUCUCCCUCUCGCUGAGCCACCCAAAGGGGCUAAAAUGACGAAAGAUGAACAAGAAAACUUUGCACGUCGUUCCAAAUUCCUAUCUGAAGUGUGUCGCCCCCAAAUGUGGGUUUGGAUCAAUCCCGGGCCGGCAGCUGCAAUCCCGAACCCGAAUGCUAGGCGUGAGAUGUUUGACGAUUUGAAAGAUAAUCCAUGGAGUGCACCCUUCCUACAUCCUCGAUUUAGGGAAGUGAUCAAGUUCAAGAUGUGGAACACAACCGAGCAACUCGAUGGCGUACCUGAAUUACGUGAUCAUUGGCGUGAGCUACCCUUAUUCAACAGUGGGGGUGUCAAGUAUGGAUCGGCACCGGCCGCUCCAGUUAAGUCUCACCAACACGGCCCUUCGGUAGGCGCAAACGGUCAAGUGAAAGCACCCGUGAAGAUUGGAAUUGUCGUCCCUGAAGAAAAGGCGAAGCUUGCAGACAAAGACGGAGACGGCCAAGGAGAAGCGCCAGACGUGGUAGAAGAAGAGCUCGGCCGAUUCGGAAACCACACCCGUGGAGAAGCAGCUGUUGCCGAAGAUAUGUCCGCACCAGCAACCAACCCACAACCCGAAACCACCGCUUCCGCAUCGUCACCCGUCUCGUCGUCCACAGCGGCCCCAACAACAAAGAAAAGCGAAGAUGAGCUUUUCCAGCGAGUCGGAUCGACUUCAUCCAAAGGCUACGACCGGUUGUCGGUGGUUCUGUCAGACAUGGCCCGCUUCGUCCUUUGUCAUCGGUUUGGUGGAAUUUAUCUGGAUGCUGACACCAUCUUGCUCAGAGAUUGGGAAGAAAUGUGGGGAUGGAGGGGCCAAUUUGCUUAUCGAUGGAGUCGAUUAGAGAAGUACAAUACUGCUGUUCUAAGGCUCCAUCGACACUCUGCUGUUGGAAGCUUUCUAUUCAAAACGGCGCUGGCUAACGGAUUAGACUUCCAUCCUAUGACCAUUUCUCGGUAUACGAAGGAUGCCUACCUGGAUGGACUACUAUUACGUUUACCCGAUGCUCUAUUUGAUUCAGCGUGGUUGAACACUGAAUACUAUCAACGCGACCGACCGGCGUUCCCAUACUUCAAACGCUUCGAAGACUUCUUUGACCCACCACGAGAAACGGAUGCCGGUCCAGCCGCGAUUGGCUUUGAUGGAUUCUUCCGGGGCGCAUUCAGCUACCAUUUUCAUAACUUUUGGUGGAUCCCAUUUGAUCCUUCUCGAAACUUCCCCGACCUUGGCUCGAGAUUUGAGCACGGCGAGCGAGUGACUCGAGCAAAAGAACUGGCGGCCAAGCAGCUCAGCAGCAAGACUAAAGGCAACUCGGACGAUAAGAAAAACGAUGGCAGCAAUCUCUACGGGGGCCAUCAGACAAGAGAAGAGCUGGAGGAGGAGUUAACCAGAACAAUCAAGCUUGAUCAGGAUGAUGUGGCUGACGAUGAACGCGACUUGGGCUGGGCUACUGUUUUAAAGAGGACAUUUGAGGCCUAUUUGCGGUGCGAAAGACCUAAUAUGUAUGGUGAAUGGAUCGAUUGGGCUGAUGGACAAUAA